AUGAAAGAACUCGAGAAGGACUUAGAGUCUGCAGCUCACCCUUGCGAGGCGAAGUCAAGCGAGAAGCAUCGCAAGAUGCUUGAGAAUCUCGACGGCAUUGUUGCCGAAGUGCUACAAAAGCUAGAGAAGAAGGACAGAGAGGCUGCCAUGAAUUACAUCAGCACUAUUCCAGUCGGAGCUCAUCAUGUUGAGAAGCGCGAGAAAGGGACCGGAGGUACAUGCGAGUGGUUGACAAACUAUCGCGAAUUCCACGCAUGGGAAGACUCAGCAAGCUCGUCAGUUCUAUGGUUGCAAGGACAGAUUGAGUCACAGUGUGCUAAGGACCCUUCAAUGGACUAA